AUGAGCCAGCAGCAGCAGCAGCGUCCGCCACACGUUCGCAUCUUUGACGCCUCGCAGGUCAUCUUCUAUACGUUCGAGGAGAUGGCGUUGAAGAACAUUCGGUCAAACCUCGACCGUCUGUUCGACAAGAGCCUCACCGAUCUCAUUCGUGGUAUCAGGAACAACAAAGAUAAUGAGGCUCGUUAUAUCGCGUCGUGCAUCGAGGAGAUCAAGAUGGAGCUCAAACAGGAGUCGACGUUCGUCAAGGCCAAUGCUAUCGAGAAAUUGGCAUAUUUACAAAUGCUUGGCUACGACAUUUCGUGGGCCUCGUUCAACAUCAUCGAGGUGAUGGCCUCAACAAAAUAUACCGAAAAACGGAUAGGAUACCUAGCCGCCGCCCAAUCCUUUCACGACGACACCGAAGUGUUGAUGUUGACGACCCAAAUGAUUCGAAAGGAUAUUAAUUCCCCCAAUAUGUAUGAUUCGGGCGUGGCGCUGGGCGGCGUCCAAAGUGCUGCCGUGAACGUCAUCUGCGAGUUAGCGCGAAAGAACCCGAAAAACUAUCUGACGCUCGCGCCCGUUUUCUUCAAGUUGAUGACGACGUCGUCGAACAACUGGAUGUUGAUCAAGAUUAUUAAAUUGUUCGGCGCGCUCGUCCCGUUGGAGCCUAGACUGGGCAAAAAGCUGCUCGAACCACUGACGAAUUUGAUCAACAGCACCUCGGCUAUGUCGCUGCUCUACGAGUGCAUAAACACGGUCAUUGCUGUGCUCAUCAGCACAUCCGCCGGCACGCCGGGCGACCACACGACAAGCAUCCAGCUGUGCGUCCAGAAGCUCGGCCUGCUCAUCGAGGAUUCUGACCAGAACCUGAAAUACCUGGGCCUGUUGGCGAUGGGCAAGAUUCUACAGACGCACCCGAAAGCUGUGCAGGCGCACAAAGACAUUGUUCUACGCUGCCUCGACGAUCGUGACGAGAGCAUCAGGAUAAGGUCCCUCGACUUGCUCUACGGCAUGGUCUCGAAGAAGAACAUCAUGGAGAUUGUGAAGAAGCUGAUGGAACAUGUGGAACAUGCGGAGGGAUCGCAUUACAGGGACGAGCUGCUGUCCCGGAUCAUCUCCAUCUGCUCCUACAACAAUUACCAAUACAUCACAAACUUUGAGUGGUACAUCUCGGUGCUCGUCGAGCUGACGAAGGUCGAAGGGACGAAGCACGGCGCCAAAAUUGCUGAACAGAUCCAAGACGUCACCGUACGCGUCCAAUCGAUUCGCCACUUCUCCGUCUCCCAGAUGGCGUUAUUGGUGGAGAACGCGAAUCUGCUCCUUUCCGGAAGCGCACAGCAGCGCUCAAACAUCAGCGAAGUGUUGCUGGCGGCCGCUUGGAUUUGUGGCGAAUAUUGGGAGCAUGUCCGCGAUCUCGAUGGUGUACUCGCUGCCAUGCUCAAAGCAAAACCAUCGUUGAUGCCCGGCCACAUCCUCUCGGUCUAUGUGCAAAACAUUGGAAAGCUGUACGCCGCGCUGUUGGGCAAGGCCGAGGCCGAGGACGAUUGGGACGCCGUGGAAUCGCUGGACAAUUUGAUGAUGAGCAAAUUGCCGGAGCUCGAGUUGGCCGAACACUUGGAGGCUCAAGAGCGGGCGUGCACCCUGGCCGCGAUGCUGCGUGUCCUCGAGCAGUACCACAGUCGAAAGGAGAAGGUUGGAGCGGAAGUGUGCCAAUUGUACGAGGGAGAGCUGAACCCGGUGGCCGGAAAGGCACAACGGAAAGUGCCACUGCCGGAGGGUCUCGAUCUGGAUGUGUGGAUCGGAGAGGAAUGGCAGGAGAGCGCGUCGGAAAGCAGUGAUGAAGAUGAGGCCGAGAAGACGUUCGGACAAAUGCGGGUACGCAGCGAGUUCGCCAACUUUGGCGGCCCACCCCGAUACGAAUCCGACGAAGAGGCCGAGCCCGCACACCAGAAAAAGCCGAAAAAGAAGGCGUCCACCGAGCUGACGCCGGCCGAGCUGGAGAAGCGGAAGCUGCAGAGAGAGCGAGAGAUACAGAGCAAUCCGUACUACGUGAAAGGAACGGCCACACAGCCAAAACGCCCCACCGAAUUCCAAAUGGCGCCGAAAGCUGAAGAAAACGGGACAACAUCCGCGCACUUGAAUAUACAAAGUCCGCUGGAAAUUCCAGGCGUCGUCGGCCUCUCCCGUUAUAUGGAACAACAGGACGCGACGUUGACCUGGAAGAAGGCGAAGAAAGAGAAGAAAAAGACGACGAAAAAGGGCAAAAAGAAGAGGCAUGACACGACUAGUGAUGAAGACGAGGCCGCCGUCGUUCACCAGGUGAAUCGACACGACGGUGAGAUGCCGGAGAACGCAAAAUCCACCGACGAUGAGGCCGAGGAGAAAACGAACGGCUUGACCGACGAGUUCAAGGCGCUUGACGUGAAUCUGGACGAGCCGCUCAGACCCGAUGAAAUCGUUCGCGGUCCCCAGGCAUAUAUCCGACAAACCGUCAGCCAUCGUCCACUUAUGCAUCCCUACGCGAUAGACGAGGCCUACUCGAUGGAAUAUCAGGGCCCACUGCAACCUCGGCCACCAACCACGGGACCACUGCUGAAGAAGCCGGCCGUAGAGACGGAAGAAGAAAAAGAAGAAGACCGAAAAGGAUGCGGAGGAAAAGCCCAAGAAAAAGAAGAAGGCAAAAACCCCUGGAGCGACGGCCACAAACGGCGAACCGGUUGCGCCCGAGGCCACAAA